AAACUGCGUGAUGACUAAACUGCCCUGAGGUCUUGCCAUGGAGCCUGAUGUCGGUUUGGUUUAGAGCCGGAUUCACUGCACCCUGCUCAAGGUAACGGAAAAUACAGUAGCCACAUCUUUUCAUGAGGUUCUGCUCAGGUAAAGUCAGAACAAGAAAACAUUUCUCAAGAGAGUACGGAUUCCUCGGGAAGGCUCUCUCGGUGUGCCGCACCGCUGCUCCCGCAGAUGUCGGCUCUCCCGGCCGCAGGUGGCUGCGGUCAGUGACUCUGCGCUGCCGGCCGUGCGCCACGCCUGCCGCCGCUCUGGGCGUGUGCCGCGGGCAGCUUGCGGUAAGCUGGGCGGACCGCCGUGAAGCACGCUGCUUAUUCUAAAGCCGAGCUGAAUGGAGGGACUGAGCAGCUCCCACGGCGAAACCUCCUUAGAGCCGUACUCGGUGAGCGCAAGCUCGUUGAGCGGCCUCGCGGGGCAGCGCCCGGCUCGCCGUGCGGGGGACGCAGGUGUACGUGGCGUGUCAGUCCGUGCUCGUUGUGCUGGUCGGCGCGGUGCCCCAGUACCGCGUGGAGCGAAUGGCGCCUGCGGCCGGCGGGGCUCAGCGCGUCCGCUUCAUGAGCAACUUCACCUCCAUCGUGACCGAGGUUCGUUAACUAAUCUGAUGUUUGCAGUGGGCAUAGCUGUGUAUGCUUUACUGGGUUACUAUGUAAGAGAGUGGCGCUACCUGGCAUUGGUGUCCAAUACUCUGGGAGUCAUCUUCUUCUUCCUUUCUUUCAUGCUUCCAGAGUCACCUCGAUGGCUGUACUCCCAAGGGAAAACUGCAGAAGCUGAAGAUGUGAUGCAAUAUAUUGCCCUUGGUAAUGGAAAAGAAAGAUUAAAUCUGAAAUUAAAACCAAGCACAGGAACUUUGCGGAAGGACGAAUCACCCCCUGGUAUCCUACACUUAAUAAAACACCCAGUCCUUCGGUGGCGAACCGUCAUCCUCAUGUACAUCUGGUAUGUCUGCAGCUUUGUAUACUAUGGGCUAACUUUAAAUGCUGGUGAAUUAGGAGGAAAUCUUUAUUUAAAUGUUGCUCUUUAUGGUCUUGUGGAAGUUCCGGCCUUUCCACUCUGCAUGUUCUUUAUUGAGAAAUCUUGGUCUGGAAGGCGUAAAACUAUGAUGUGGUUUCUGAUAUUUGCAGGAUUUGCCUGUAUAUUUACCAUGUUCUUGCAAAAAAAUGCUGGUUUGCUCCUCAGUCCCACCUUGUUAGCUUUGUGUGGAAAAAUGAUGGUCAGCGCUGCUUUCAACAUUGCUUAUAUUUAUACAUCUGAACUGUACCCAACGGUGCUGAGAAAUGCUGGCCUGGGGGUCUGUUCCAUGUCUUGCAGAUUUGCGGGCAUUUUGGCUCCAUUUGUGCCAACUAUGAAGUCUCUUAGUCCUUCUGUACCGUUCGUGGUGUUUGGAAUCAGUGGGCUGUCUGCGGGAUUCCUGACCUUCCUCCUCCCAGAGACACUAAAUAAGCCAAUUGCAGAGAGCAUUGAAGAGCUCCAGAGUCCCAAAUACAGAGUGCUUAAAGACGAGAAGGCGAACCAGCUAGAGGAAAACACGUAGUCUUCAGAAGUUCUUUCUGUAGUGAAAAAUGAAGCCUCCAUUGAGAAGGUGCCGCAACAGCUGAAGGGCAGAGGCUGGUUGUAUGUAUCUGAGCAGGAGUGUUGGAGCACUGAUGUAUAAUGCUGUUUGUAGCACACUGAACAGUUCUAUGCGGAGGCAAUCUGGGAAGAUGGAAAAAGCUGAUCAAAGCUUGAGAAGGAAGAGGUGGCAAAUCUGUGCAUUAAUGUAAAGACGUAACAGAACCAUGCUUCGGAUGUUUGGACUUCUCUGUGACUUCUAAAACUGAAGUAUUCAAUUAAUUCAUAUUACAGAAUAUAAUUGCUAGCUUCAGAUUAAGCUGUAACGCUGCAAUUGAAUUGGAUCAAUACGUAUGGUGUCCAAGUUAGGUGGCAUUGUAUAUUCACACAAGCUGCAGUUGUGGAAAGUACAUGUGCUCUGUAUAUGCUAAUUUUCUCUGCAGAUUUAUUUGCCUUUAACUUACAGAAUAUUUCAUGGUGUGAAGAGACCAAAGAUUUUCAUGUGUUGUUGGUCUUGGUACGUCCAGCAUGAGAAGCUUGAACAAGAGAGUAAAUGAAUUUCCUUGUGGGAAGAAUUUUCUUAUAUGGUUGAGCAUGAAAAGGCAUGUGAAAUUACAACAAGACAGCAUGGGAAAAGCGAUAUCAAACCUUUAAGGGGAAGAACAAGUACAUUUAAAGGAGAGGAUGAGUAGUCUUUUAGUCAAAGGUUAUUUGGUUUAGCUGUACAUGUUGAACUGGAGAUGAUCAAAUGUGUCAUAUAUUGUAUAAUACAUAUAACCCAAUAAAUUUCCCAUAUGGACUGGAUGCUCUCCAGCACUUAGGUAAUGCUGACAUAAGGGCAGAUUGUGUGUGCAUUUAUUUUCUGGGGCUGAAACUUGAUGGCAAACAACCCACAGAAUGUGCUGCAAACCUUCAUCUUCUGGUUGACUUACUCAACAUUUUUGUGACGUGUUACUAUGAGGAUUAGAACUGAGUUUGUGAAAGUUGUUCUGAAUAAUAUUAAUGCCUUCUGUGUGGUAACAUUUAUAACCAUAGCGACUAAUUAUACUUCUUCAAAGGAUAAUUGGUUCAGCAGGGAUAUGAUUAAAAACAAACAAAAACAAACAAACAAAAAUCCCAGCUUCUGUUAUUGCUGACAUUUUAAAUUACAAUAAAUAAAAUUUAUUAUGAAAUAGAACAUUAUCAAGUUGUAUUCCCAAGGCUGAGAAGAGACUGGAACAGGAGGAUCAUGGAGGAUAAUCUGGAAGGAAUCAUUACCCUCAUGCCAUGUUAAAAGGAUCAGCCUAUACUGGAGCAUUUUUUUGCAUCCUGUGAAAAAAGAAAACCAAACAAAAAAAAAGCCCAACAACCAGGAAACAAUGAUUGUUUGCAUUUUGAACCUGCUUAUUUCUGCUUUAUUUGAUCCAGAAUUAAAGAUUUAUUUGCUCGAGGUGACUUGUGUGAAUGUGGUGGGUUGGUGACCAGGAAGCUGUGUGUCUCAAAAAGAAGUUAAUGGUCUUUCCAGCAGCUGUGAUGUGGUCUCAUCUGUGCACAGUACUUGCAGUUCUUGUGUGUAGGCCACUGGGGCAGCUGGGUGGCACUUUGUCUUUUACAUCCAAAAGAGGAUAUGAAGGGAAACAUCAUCUCCCAUUUUUGCUGCUUAUCCGUUCAGUUCAAUUUAACAACUGGUUUACAUUCUCAAGCUUAGUUUAUUUAUCUUUGCCGCAUUUUGCUAUUGCUGGAUAAAAAGAUGCUGUUGGCAUGGAGGAUGUUGUGGAGAAUUUUUUCCAUUUGAAUGUUUAGAAACAGAAAUGUUUUUAUAGGUUUAUUAAAUGGAAUUUCAGUUGGACUAACAUGGUUGGUGCAUUAUGUCUUACAGGGCACUAAAGAAACCAACUGUUUCUUAUCAUUACUGUGUAUGUCACAGACAAUCAGGAAAGGCAGCCUUUUUUGUCAAAUAGCAGUUUGGGUUUUUUAGUAGAUAUUUUUGCUUAAAGCUUCUUGCCUUGUAGAAUUAGAAAUUCUUCAUUUAGAACAACCUUUUCCCAUUAUUUCUAAUGAAGACAAAGCAGGUUUGGGGAGGAGUGCCCUAAUAAAUUCUUUACUCAGUGUGGGACUGUAAUCCAUUUCUUUGUUUCUGUGUAAAAAAAAAAAUUAUAUAUAUAAAUAAAGGGAGCUGAGUUAAUUUAAGUGGCUGAAUUGCACUCAUUAGGUCACAAACCCCAUCUUUAAGUACCACUUUUAGCUCUUCCUCUGUGCUUUGUGUGUAGAAAUUUGAGUAUAACAUUGCAUCUGUGCUGUUCAUCUGUUUCUGUGUUAGAACAAUGUUUUUAGUGUUUUAGCACUGGUUGUGAAAUU